CAGACAUUUAUUUUGAAAAGCGGAAACUUGAGUGAAUACUUGAGGAAGCGAUGCUUGCGCUCUAAUAGCGCAUUAGCCACCAAAACAAACAACACAAAUAUACACAGAUUCCUCAAAUUCACUUGGUGGGAUGCUUUAAUGGAAGUUGUGGAAUCAAAAGAAAAAAUGGAGGACCCAAACUUCCCUUUGCCCUCCUUUCGCCUCCUGGUGCCUCCCUUGCAUCUUCUGUCUGCUGCUAUGUGGAAUCUGAUGAAGGGGAAAGAUGUGAUGAACUAUGGGAAGCUGCAGGAGUUUGUGUCCAUGCUGACAGAAGCAGUUCCUGGUUUGAUCAACCACAGACAGAGAGCGCAUCUCCUUCUCGGAUUAAAGGCCAGGUUGAUUUUGGAGUUGUGCAAGGGUUCUGCUCGACACGAUGUUGAUUCUGAUGUGAUCCAGACCUACUUGGAGGGAUUCCCAGUUACCUCUGCAACCACAGACACUGUGGACACAGAGGUGAGAACAACCGAGUGCACUUUUAUUGCACUUGUUCAGAGCUUGCUCAAAGAUCCGGCUGAAAGAGCAUAUUUUUUUCAGGAGGUGUUUCCUGUUGAAUACGGGCCACAAUAUGAUUCAGCACUGCAAGUGUUAUUGUGGGAGUUGCUGUCAAAGCUGGAAAUGCUGCUCCCAGUACCGGACCUUAAACAGACUACUGCCUGGCUUUCUUCUGCUCCUUCUGUUUUGGAGGAAUGUGUUCAGCCAUCUCCCGAGGAGCUGAGCUCUGUGUUUAAGCACUACAACAGCUUAGGACUGCUGAAAAUGAUGCAUGGACCAUCUUGCAGCAUUGGGAGCUGCAUCAUGUCUGCUCUAUCAGUUCCGCCCUCACAAAAGACAAACAUAGCCAUUGAGCAAGAUUUAAUCCAUAACUAUGCUAAUGCGUUAACUCCUGUCACUCUCGGUGGGGCGGGUCACUUCGGUGUUGUGGCCUACUGCGCUGACAUGAAGAUCAGUGCGUCAGAGGUGGACGAAGCGGAGGUUCAAGUUCAGACAGAAUAUUAUGAGGAGGAGAUCAUGGCUCUAAGUGUGGAAAACACCGCUGGAGAAGAUGCCAUUGGCUCUAAGGCUGCAGAGAUGAGCGAAACGGCGGGUGUUGCAAAGGCUUUGGAAACAUUAACGAAAACCUUUUCAUUAAGAAAGGAGAGACUGGGUCAAGAUGCACUGACAGGACAGAGUUCCCAACCACCUCAUAGUGAGGAGCUCGGUCCAGGAGGUGCAGCAGAAGGAGGGGGGAUGAAUGAAAUUCCUGAGACAAGACAAACUGAUGCAGAGGUGGUGCAAAAGGUCCGACCAGACGCCUCAAAAAUAAACACCAACCUGAAGGAAAACUGGGAAUCUGAGUGUGAAACUCAGAAGUCUGAUGUUAGCAGAUCCACACGUCUACAAAAUAAUACGUCGCAAAGUUGUCAGGAGAUGUGGAACGUCACAACGCCAUCGAGAGAGAGCAACGAGGAAUCAAAAAUGAAUCCAGCCGAUGUGCCCGUGGCUCCGUCUGUGAUCGCCAUCGAAGGGACAGAGAAAGGUGAUUCCGAUGAAAUGAUCUCCAUCAUCUUCACCUGCUCCCAGUGCCCCUUCCACAACUCGUCGGAGAACAGCCCCCCCCACUUCCACAUGCAAAACGUCGGCAUGGAAGAGUACCGAAGUUUCUCAGGCGGCACGUUUACGCCGUCCCCCUCGAGCUCUGAUGAAAUCUUCACGUCGAUCAAACUUUUCCCUAAAGGGAACACGGAGCAGGACAAAGUAGAACAGGAUCACGACUCUCAGACUCACAGCAGGCAGAAAUCGCUCACCUGUAAAACGUGCGGUAGGGUGUUCACUCGGACGUCGGAUGUCAGAAGACACCAGCUCACGCACACCGGGGAGAGACCGUUUCAUUGCUCGCAGUGUGACCGAACCUUUCAGCAUUCCUGGGAUCUGUCAAAGCACGAGAGUAAACAUCGCGGCGUGGCCAUUUCCUUCUCCUGCCAGCUGUGUGGCAGCUCUUUUCCCAAGCUGCGAGCACUGACCAUCCAUCACAGGAAGAGCCACUCGCAGGAGAGUCGGCUCCCUCAGAUCUGCUCCAUCUGUAGUCAGAGUUCUCCCACCGCCUCGGAGCUGCUGGAGCACAGGAAGACGCACACCACCAGCAAACGCUACCUCUGCGAGCAGUGCGGCGAAGGCUUUGAUUCCCUUCUCGCACGUUCUCAGCACAGACGGGUGCAUCGGGUGAUGCGGCAGUUUAAAUGUCCUCACUGUGAGAAGACGUACACUCGCAGAUCUGAUGUCAAAAGACACCUGGCCGUUCACACGGGGGAGAGACCCUACCAGUGUACCCAGUGUAGCAAACGCUUCCCAGUCCGCUUUAUGCUCACGAAACACCUUCGUGUUCACACGGGCGAGCGGCCAUUCCAGUGCUCCCACUGCUCCAAGAGGUUCACGCUGGUGUCCGUGUUGGCCAGGCAUGAACGGAUGCACACGGGAGAGAAGCCGUUCCUCUGUUCUCAAUGUGGGAAGGGGUUUCUGUCGCAGGGGGAGCUUUUAAAACACCACAGGUCCCACAUGGACGAGCGGCCGUACGCCUGUCCUCAGUGCGACAAACGUUUCAAAAGCAAAACAUCCCAGCAGCAACACACCGUGUCUCACUCGGGCACCCGACCGUACCCGUGCACCGUCUGCGGGAAGUGCUUCACCAAGCCCUACGCUCUGACCAGACACAACCUCGUGCACACAGGAGAGAGACCGUUCCCAUGUGGACACUGCGAGAAGUCCUUCCUCACCCUCAGCGAGGCCCGGCUUCACCAGAGAAUCCACACGGGGGAGAGGCCGUACCACUGCAGCGUGUGUGAGCUGCGGUUUAGGAGCUCGUCGGAGCUGGCGCGCCACAAACGCAGCCAUUCCGGAUCGAAGAGGGUGACGCUGUCCCGUGAGCCGUCCGGGAAAACGUUCGCCUCCACGGCCAAGCUGAAGGAACACAUGGAGACACGCGAUGGAGCAGAGGCUGCACCGACGGCGAACUCCAGCGAGUCGUGUAGUUCAGUUUGAAUUUGUAUUUAUUUGAUUGGGAUUUAUCAAAUGUGAUUAGGUGAUGAAUUAACAGAAAUGACCUCUGACCUUUGAGUAAAUCAUGAUGGAAAAUCGAUUCCUAAAACUUCACAUCUAACUAUGUUAUUACUUUGACUGUUUUUAGCAACUAGACACGUAAAAUUUUAACAAAACAGUUUCACUCCAUGUAUGUUUAGUUCCUUUUUUUAAUCUGAUUACAUUUGCAGAGUAAUGUGUUUUCUUCUACCUUCAUUUUUAAUCUUAAAAUUAAUUUAUUAGCAUUUAACGUCAUCUGCUUAGGUUUUAACAAAAUAAAUCAGCUGUUAUGAUCAAACAUUUAGUUUUGAGUUGCCUUUUUACCAGUUUUAUCUUUACUUUUGCUGGAGUUUUUCUGUUUACUUAUUCAUUUAUUACAGUAAAGCUACUAGAGUACAAUCUUAAGAAUUAGAUCCCCUCUUCUGGUGCAAAACAGUACACGAGUCACUAAAAGUGAGCCUCCUUUUGCAUUACUGCAUUUUUGGCCUUUUACUGUGGGUAUUGAACCACAAAGCUCUAACAAAUGCUGCAAGUAACACUGUUGCACAAACAUGGUUUUAAUUACAUUUUUAGCUAAAUAAGAGAAAAAGACACCACAAAUACCGUAGACUUUUAUUUUGAAAGAAUUACCAAGAAGUGUUUCUUCUAAAUAUCUAUAGUAACUUUAAAAAUGUAGUUGCAUCUGCUCUUCCUCAUUAUUAAUGCUCCCAAGAGGACAACAAUUAGGAAUUUAUUUAGCUUCACCUGCAUUAGAAGGCUGGAUUGUUCCCAACAUCUUUUCACAAGGACCUCAUUUCCUGUGUCCUAGACGAGCUACGGCCCCUCCCAACUGCUACCCGCGUGCAAACAAUUAAAAGUGAAUAAUUACAAACUUUAUACAGACAUACAGCGUUGUGGCUCUUACAGAGUUUAUGUGUUAUUGGGAUUUUAUUAAUGUGAUUUUUACAAAUAUAAUCUUGGUAACCUCAACAUCAUCACAGACAAAAUCUUGUGGGUAGUUUUGUCUUGUUGCCGCUGGGGGGCGUAAAUGCCCCUUCACAUUCAUAAGGUGUCAUGCAAAACUGAGGUUUCUGUUUGCUGAGAAAAAGCAUCACAUGGAUAUAAAUCGGUCCAAAAGCAACACAAUUUUUAAAAAUAAAGCAUAGUUUCCCACAAAGAGCCACAAAAAGUUUAAUAGCUUUAGUUAGGAUUUGGUAUUCUGCCUCACUGGUAAAAAUAAAUGAACAAAAACAAAUGGGACACUAUUAUGAAUGAACAGGUUGUUGUGUCAUUGAACCAGCAUCCCGAAACAACAAAACAUUGUUUCAGUACAAACUUUCCAAGGAAAGCUGACUGGGCAUGCAGCCACUACAACAUAUUAUAUUCCCAUUCUUACUAAAUGCACGGAAAUAAACUGAUUUGGACAUUAAAUUUUCAGUUUACUGGCUUGAUAGAUACAACUGUUCCUCUGCUAUGACAAUCAGAACCCACUCACUCACAUUCCUAUUACUUUACCAGGUAAGUGGCUUUGAACAGGUUUAAUUAGCUAAAUUGAAUAUGUGGACUUUUCACACUUAAACUUUAAUGUUGACCCUUUUUAUUAUCAUUCAUACCUCUGACUUAUGAACAGAAAUGACGUUUCAAAUCUCUUCCUUUAUUUCUAAUGAGCUACUGUAUUCAAUCUGUUCUCAUUCUCAGUAAAUUUGGAAAAACAAACAGAUAGUGAUUGAACAGAAAAAUACAAGACCCACCAUUUGUCUGCAUAUCCCCUAUCUGUCAUUAUGUCAGUAUUUGGGUUUUCUUAUUAAAAUGAAGCAGUAAUUGAAUGUGUUUAAUUACCUGGGAGAUUUUAAUUAUCUGUGACUUGGUGGAUAGCUGAUUGGGGGAAAGCCGGCGCCAAGCAGGAAUCACCAUCGUAAAACCAGCCUACCCAUUUUGGUGGAUGACAAGCGUGCAUCUGUGUAGCCUAGUGAACCAAACAGUGCAAUAAACGUGUCAUAAAACUGGAGAAGGCUCACUGAACUGAAAUUGGAUUUCUAUUUUUAGCUCGUCUUGUGUUUUAAGUGUGUUCCUGCCUGUAAAGAAUGCCAGUAACAUAGUGAGUUAGGGUAGCGUGAUGAAGUGAGAAUAUGG